AAUCAACCGGAAGUUUAUAAUAAAUGGCAGCCAUUACUCGUUAUUGGCAUGUAGGAUUAUGUUGAGUUCGAUUUUUCUCUAUUUCACAGAGGAUACGUUAAAAAUCACUUCAGAUUAUUCCUUGGAUGAAUUACAAUUCAGAAGAGUAAUGAAGAAGGAUUUAAAACAAUUUAAUUAGUUUUAUUUACCAAAAUUAAAGAAAAUUGGGGCAAAAUGUCAUCGAAGGUUAAAGAUCCUGACAUUGAUAGUCUCAAAGAGUCUAUCAGUCAUGGGAAUGCAGAGGAAAAGAAGGUAAUAAGUGAAAAGCGGUACAUCAUACUUUCUCGUGACUCCAUUCGAAUGAUGGCUGAAGCAGAAGGUAUUAGUAACUUAACUGAUGAUGGGGCUCUACUUCUAAGUGAGGAUCUUGGCUAUCGAAUCAGGGAAACAAUUCAGAAUAGUAUUGAAUUCAUGAAGCAUGCUAAACGACGACGUUUAACAACUGAAGAUAUUAAUGACGCUCUUCGAACAAGUGAUAUGCAGCCCAUUUUGGGACAUGGCUCUCUUGAACCUGUUAUUUUUAAACAAGUGAAAGAUGCGGAAAUUCAUUUUGUUGAAGACUUAGAUCUAAAUGUUACCAAUAUAGCAUUUAAUAAUUAUAAACCUAAAGAAACUGGAGAGCUUGGUAUCAAAAGUUUUUGGUAUGCAAUUGAAGGUGUAUCUAAAAUCAACACUACCACUUCAAAUGCUGCAGGUGAGAACUGGAAAACCCCUUCAUUUGGUCAAAGCAAACCUGUGAUCGUAAAAAAGGAGAAAAAAGAAUUAUCUGAGAAUAUGCUACAAUACUACGAUUUCAUGGUAAAAGCUAUCCUUGGGGCAGAUGAAGAAGCCAUGAAGUUUGCCUUGUCAGAUUUGAAAACAAACUCAAAAAUAGUCCCUUUGUUACCAUAUUUUGUAAAUUUGUAUCAAAUGGGGUUUGUAAAAACUGUCAGUCAUGAUAUAUCUCAACUAACGCGGCUAUUGCACACCGUAAAGGCCUUAACAAACAAUUCCAACCUAUAUCUGGAACCCGAGCCUUAUCUUGGCCUUUUAGUACAAAGUGUGAUGUAUUGUGGCCUUGAACCUUUAGCAGCUUCUAUCAAUCCUUUAAAUGACCACUGGGUCCUGAGAGAUUAUGCAGCACGUCUUCUUGGAUUCAUUGUGAAAAAGUGGAAUGCAAGUAAUAAUAUGUUGAUGCAUAAUACGUUGAAGAGCCUGAAGGAAGUAGUAUGUGAUUUGACUAAACCAUUUUGUUCACAUUAUGGUGCUGUCAUGGGAUUGUUAGCACUGGGAACAAAAGCCAUUGAAGAAGUUCUUUUACCACAGCUUAAAGUUUAUAUGCCUCACCUCAACAGCUUUAUGGAGGACACUACUUUAAGUAGUACAUUAGUCAGGACUGAUGCAUAUAAAGUUUAUGGUGCUUUAUUGCUUGCUGCUGAAUAUAUUAUGAAAAAUUUCCUCCGUGAUGUUCAGUCUCAGACUAUUCAUCCGAAAGAGUUGCCACAGACAAUUUCAUUACCUUUGCAACUACAACAGCACAUCAAGGAGGAAGCAACAGAUCUCAACCAUUCUGAGUCGGGAAAUGACUCAAAAAAUGAUAAAUUAAAAUCUUCUCCACAUCACUUUUUCAAAGAAGAACCGAUGGAUUCACUCCAUUCAGGCUUAAUUGGUAGUAAAAAGGAAGAUAAAUUGAAAUCACGGGCACCUUACAUGUAUUUCAAAGAAGAACCAAUGGACUUGAUACCAUCAACUAUUUCUAAUAAUUCUAAAGAUGAAGUCAAGCCAACUUCCACUCGAAGGUCUCCAAAAGAUAUAUAUUUAGAGUUUUAUGAAUAUUUUGGUGAUAUGUUAUCAAGCAAGUUGCCUAUUCUUGAUUUUAAACAUAUUAAUAGGCCUCCCAAAUGUGAAAACCUUGUAAAAUUAUAUGAAACUAACCUGUCAGGUGAGUAUAUGUGGAAUACCAUGCGAGAACGUUUCAUAGCUGAGAUAAAGAAAGAGACUGAAGAACAAGAACGGCUUGAAGCAGAGCGACGUAAAGAACAGGAGCGACUGGAGCGAGAGCAGCAGGAAAGGGAACGAUUAGAAUCUGAACGACUCCGAAGAAAACAUUUGGAAAAACUCCAGAAAGAUAAGCGUUGUGAACUUCAGUCAUCUCAAGGACGUCACGCCGAAUCACGUCAUCCUGACAAGCAGUGGAAGUGUGAACAGUCGGCUGCUCCAGGUUAUGUCGCAUCUCCAGCUUCUGUUAAUGAUGAUGAGGAGGACGAGGAUGAGGAUGAUAAUUCAGAUGAUGAGGAUGAGGAUGAGGAUGAUAAUUCAGAUGAUGAUUCUGAUGAUGAUAGCGAAGAUGAUAAUAAUUCUUUUGACAAAGAGACACAAAUCGUUGCAAGAACUGUAAAAUCUAAUGCUGGAAUCAAACUAGUUAUUACUAAAAUUCCAAAUAAAUCACACCUAGUCAAAAACGAAAAAGACCCUAAAACAAAAACUGACAAUUUUCAAAGAACAGAACGACAUAAAAAAUCUAAACCCAGCAAACGUAAGAAACAGGGUCAAAAAAGUAAUAGAGACAAAUAUAAGUAUCUUGAAGAAAAUAACAGUCGUAUGUAUUGCAAGGAGGGUGAGAGUAGUUCAAAUGGCCGAAAAUUAACCUUAAGGCUGAAAGUGAAAGACUCUUCAGCAAAAGAUUGAUAUCGAUUUUUAUGAAAAUAUUUGUAAAAAAUCUUUUAUAUAUAAAUAUUGUGAAUAGUAUGUGCAUAUGUGUGUUUUCACUCGCAUGCAUGCUUACACACACAUACACAUGUGCAGGUCUAUGUCCAAAUAUAUUCCUGCAAAUUCAAAUAUUAACUUAAUGUACAUCUAUAUAAAAUUGAUACUAUGAAAUGGA